UUCUCCCAUGACCUGCUGCCUCCCUGGACCUCUGAGGACCUGUCCACACAGCUUGUGGGUUCCCUGAAAGCCACCACUUGUCCCCGAGGACGCCCAGAAGCCCAGCCACGCCGAGCCUACUUGCGGGAUGAGCUUCUCACUCACAUUCUCCGAGCUGGUCAACAUCGCCAUCCCGCAGUGCGGGGUGGUGAACUUCAAGGCCCUGCACCUCCUGCUUCAGGGCAUCCUGGAGCACAUCCACAUGGCUGAGCUCAAGAAGGUCCUCUCAGGAGACGAGGACUUUCUCCAGACCUCACCAGUUGUGUUCAUGCCCCGGGAAGCAGACGCCCAGCCCGUCCUCAGCCCCAUGAAGAGGCUCAGCAAUGUCUUUGACCACGUGGUGAGCCGCAUUGACAAGAUGGAGAGCCAGAUGGCCAUGCUGCAGGACCUGCCCUCCACUUCCCAGCUGCUGGAGGGCAGCCAGGGCAGGCGCCAGCCUGCCCAGGACCUGUGGCACCUAAUAAAGCUCCGGAAGAUGGUGGAGGGCAACGAAGAAGCCACGGCAAAGUCCAUGAAGACUCUGCAAGAUUUGCUUACUGAUAUUUAUGCACUCAGGAACACCACUGAAACUCUCAGAAAGGAUGUGGACAGACUGAAGGACAUAGUUGACAAGAUGCAGCCAGAAAGAAUGGAUACUUUGUUCGAAGAUCUGAAAGGACAGAGCAGGAGGAUGAAUGCACUGCAGCGGGAAGUGGUUACUCUCCAGAGCAAAAUCCUCACCAUCCCCAAAGCUGAGGACGUGGUGCUCUGGAGCAGCCUCCACGAGGCCAUGUUCAACCCCGGAACUUCUGCAAGAGGAUCUGGUCCAACACAGAUUGAGGAUUCAGACCUGUGGCAGUUGGUGGAGCAGCUCCAAGAUACUGGUCCUCCUCAGACCACUGAGUACCAUGAAGCUGUUGGGCAUGUCCAGGUCUCAGAGGCCAUCCAGAGCCCCAGGUUACUGGAGACUAUCUGGCAUAACAAGACCCCCAGGCAGCUACAGGAGGAGGAAUAUAACCAAGCUGGUUCACACUACCACCUUGGCCUCCAUUCAUACCUGGGCCUGGCCCUGGCCCUUGGCCUGCCCUCGGACCUGGGCCUGGCCCUGGCCCUUCACCUGCCCUUGGACCUGGGGCUGGCCCUGGACUUUGGCCUGCUCUCGGACCUGGGACUGCCCCCAGGCUUCUUGGAGCCUGCACAGUCCCAGGACUUCAGGGCCCCACCGCCAGCCAGGGAGUUUGGCUCAGCGUGGCCCCGUCCGCUGCAGUCACAGUCUGGCCAGGCAGAGGUGCACCUGCUCCCAACUGUCUCAGAAAUUGAGGAAGACUAUGUAUCCCAGGACGUGCCAGCCCCUCAGGACAGGGCACCCGGGGCUGGGGCCCCCAGGGCUGGGGUCCCCAAAGAGGCACCUGCUAAGACUCCCCAGUCUGCCCUUCAGCGCCCGAAGACCACUGCGGCCAUCGUGGCCGGUGCUGCAGCCUCCUACGCAGCUGCUGCCACCUCAGCGGCCCGGAGAGCCGAGGUGGUCGCCAAGGCUAUCAGGGAUGCCCCUGCCACCAAGUUGGCCACCAUAGCAACGUCUGUGGCUGCAUCCGGGCCCUUAGGGGCCUUCGCAGACAGCUUGGGUGCGGGCUCUUCCCGCGGGGCCUUGGCUUUCACUGAGGACACAGAGGUGGAGGACUUGAAGGUGUUGGGUGAGGACCUCUCUCCCCUGUACCCUGCUACCAGCCUCCCUCCCGAAAGGACCCUGUCCCAGGUCAUGCUGACUGCCCAAAAGGCUGUGACCCCUGAAGACAAGAAGACGGCCGUCAGGUACUCCAUGGGCCGCAUAGCCCAGAUGCCCAUUAGACACGACUCCCUGAAAGAAGAGUUUGCCCAGCUGUCAUCCACCCUUCAACAGCGCUUGAAUUACCUAGCUAAUAUGGGAGCCUCUUCCAAGCUUGGGACGACAGUGGACGUACUGCAGGAAAAGAUCGGGACCCUCCAGAGAUCCAGGAUAAAGGAGGAGGAACUCGAGAGAGUUUGGGGUCACCAGAUAGAGAAGAUAAAGAACCACCACGUCGUGCUGGACAGGGCAGUGGAGAAGUUGCAGAUUCGCUUGGAUGACUUGAAGAUUGUCCAUGCUCAAAUUAAAAACCUUGAAAUGCACAAGGUGGACAAAAGUGUGAUGGAGCAGGAGUUGAAAGAGAAAGCCGACAGGAGCACCCUGGCAAGCAAGGCGAGCCGGGCCGACCUGGAGACAGUAGUGACAGAGCUGAACGAGAUGAUUCAGGGCAUGCUCUUCAGGGUCGUGACCCACGAGGAUGACUGGAAGAAAGCUCUGGAGCAGCUGAGCAAGGACCUGAGCACCAAGCUGGUCCACAGUGAUUUGAAUGGUCUGAAGAAAGACAUGGAUGAGAUCUGGAAAGUACUCAGGAAUCUCCUGAUUGAAGGCCUACGAUUUGACCCUGACAGUGCUGCCGGCUUUAGGAAGAAACUGUUUGAGCGGGUGAAAUGCAUCUCCUGCGACCGGCCUGUGGAGCUGAUGACGGGCCCGCAACUCAUCACCAUCCGCAAAGCCCACCUGCUUUCGAGGCUGCGGCCAGCCAGUGCCAACACGUAUGAGUACCUGCAGCAGCAACAGUUGAGGGAACACCGGCGGCUACAGCAGCUCCGGGACCUUGGAGACCAGCAAAGUAGUCUGGAUUCGCUGGGGUCCCAGAAGGACUGGGGCGAUGGCCCUGGCAAUUUUGCCAACCUCCAGUUCAACUCCUAUGACUUGUCAACGCUCUACCCCUACGGGGACCCCGAGGUGUUCGACUAUGACACCGCUGAGGUGGACAUUCUGGGAGUGGACGGGAUCCUGUACAAGGGCCGAAUGGCCAACCAGGAUGGGGCACGGCCUUUGACCAGCGUUGAGAAGAGGACAGCUGUGAAGAUUCCACACCCUCCAACUCGAAACCUGUAUGAUCGUGAACGCCAGAGUACCUUUUAUGGUUCCAUCUACCCCCCCCUGCACCCCCACGCCAGCGUGCGCUCCGCUGCCUCAGGCCCCCCGCCUACGACACCAGCUCAGCCUCCAUCGCUGCUGCCCCUGCCACUGCUCCCCCCACUGACGCCAUCCGGGCGGGACCCCCAGCAGGCCCCAGGGCCCGCCCGGCACCCAAGGGCUCUGCGCCUCGAGUCCCGAGCCAGCAUGCAGCCAUCCGAGGAGCCCACCAAUCCGUGA